AUGCAGAACAAAGAUGGUUUUACACCCCUGGAUAUGGUCCGAGCAAAGGGUAAUCAUAUGAACUUCGAUACUGAAAAAAUCAUAAGAAGAUCGGGAGGGAAGAGCAAGGAUGCUCUAUCAAAAGUCAAGACCUCCUCUCAGUAUUUAAGAUCACCGAUUACGUUCAGAGAAUACUGCUCCAUCACAACGGUACGUUACAGGAGCGCCAUAUCCGACGGUACCAGAAACGCGCUUCUUGUUAUAAGCACACUUGUCAUGUCGACCACUUAUGAAGCGAAGUCGCCAAGUGACUCAGAAAGUCGCGUUGAACCAGAUAGUCGCGUUGAACCACAUAGGUCGCCCAUACUAUUGAUGCUCCAUUCGGGAUUCAAUACGUUGGCGUUUUGGCUGUCUCUUACCCUGACCCUCGUUCUUCUACCCCUUGGUCGGGAAUACAUCUGGUGUUACAUAUUGAUCUCAGUUCCCCUCUUCUGUUCUUACGGCAUUUCGAUGUUUCUCAACGCUGUGAGUACUCAGAUGGUAAUCCCAUCGCUGUUGAUAAUGGCGGUCCUUUUUGGCUUUCCUUGUUAUAUACUUUUCGUUUUCUUCAAGUGGAAGCGGUCUAUCCAGCUUAGGUCACCAAAACCCAAAAGCCAGACGAUUCUGGAGGCUUGGACGACAGCGGUCUAA